CAUGGUUUCUCCUCUCUCCGACUAACUUAGCGUUUGGCUCAGUUCAUUAUACAGUCCUAUAUUCUCCCUCCAUUAGGGCAUCUCUGCCUUUGGACUGAAGAUCCCACCAAAACCCAAGAGAGAAAAGUUUUACUUUCAUAGGGCAAGAUGGACAUGAAAAAGAGGAUCCACUUGGAGCUAAGAAACAGGACACCGUCUGAUGUACGAGAACUUGUCCUUGACAAUUGUCGAUCAGUUGAAGGAAAAAUCGAAGGCCUCACAGCCGAGUUUGUCAACCUGGAGUUUCUGAGUUUGAUAAAUGUCGGCUUAAUGUCAGUCUCCAACUUGCCCAAACUAGCAAAACUCAAAAAGCUGGAGUUGAGCGACAACAGAAUCAGCGGCGGCCUUGACGUUUUAGCAGAAAAACUACCCAACCUCACACAUCUAAACCUGAGUGGCAACAAAUUGAAAGACAUUAGCACAUUGGAACCAUUGAAAAAGCUGGACAAUCUGAAAAGUUUGGACCUGUUCAACUGCGAAGUGACCAACCUGAAUGACUACAGAGAGAGCGUGUUCAAGCUGCUGCCACAGCUCACCUACCUGGAUGGUUAUGACACGGAGGACCGGGAAGCCUCCGACUCCGACGGAGAGGUGGACGGCGUAGAUGACGACGAAGACGAGGAGGGAGAGGAGGAGGAAGAUGAGGAUGGUGAGGAGGAGGACUUUGAUGAGGAAGAGGAUGACGAGGAAGAUGAAGAGGAGGUAGAAGGAGAAGACGAUGAUGAGGUCAGCGGAGAAGAUGAGGAGGAAGACUUUGCUCAGGAUGGGGAAGUAGAUGAAGAAGAUGAUUUUGAUGAAGAUGAAGAAGAAGCAGAAGCAGAAGCCGGCAAAGGGGAGAAGAGAAAGCGAGACCCCGAGGAUGAGGACGACGACGAGGACGACGAAGACGACGAUUAAGAGCAAAACUGAAAAUGAGAGCCCACCGAGUUACCCUUCCUCUCCCACAAGCCCGAACGCCCGCCCUCUUACAACUCACACCGCCUUUGUAACCCACGUCUACACACCUACACCUACACCUCCCCCCCCCCCUCAACCUCCUCCCAGCUCUGAGCUCUUUUUAUGGGGCAAGACUGUACCGGAUGGGUGGGACCGAGUGGAGCUGCCACACCCUUUUCUCCCCCCCCCCCUCUCUCACCCCCCUCACCCCGUGGAACUGAGAGCCACCCAACACCCUCCACCUCACCCACCCCACAUUGCCCAGAGGUUCUCAGGCAGCGCAGCACUCACCAUUCCACCAUUUCACCGUCGACCCCUCUUUAUGUAUUCCCGUGUGAGGACUUUGGGACUGGUAUCUAGUUUUGGGUCUGUGCUUUUAAUAUUUUGUUGGAUGAAUUAUUUUGUUGUUUGGGUUUAUUAUUUCUCAAUUUUAUUGUCUUUUAUUAUUUUGUUCCUUAUUUUUCCCAAUAAGAUUAUUGCUAUAGCAGCUGUGCAACCAGCGAGCCAUGAUUUUUACCGUGGCCGCCUGUUGCACAAAUCAAGGUUGUAGCUACAUUUUUACUUUCUGUAUGAAAAAAAAAACAACUUUGUAAAUAAAAUGUUAACAUUUUUU